UGCCUUGCUACUUAUUGUUGAUUUGUUCCUUCGUUUGCUUUUCCUGCAGGUUUUAAGUUUACGGGAGUUACAGAGCUGUAACAAUCAUUAAAUCUUGAACAAAAAAAUUGCCUCCGGUGUGUGGGUGACACUAACCGGGGCCAACCCUUCAUAAAAGAUUAAUGACGACGACGAUGAAAGGCCUUCUUAUGGGCCUUCGUUGAAGAAGAGAAAGAGCUGGAGAUGCAAGCUCAUCAUCAUCGUUGCUAACCGCAGAUGAAUGACACCAUGCAGGGUACGAUCUCAUGUUCUUGGCGUUCGGCCACCACGACGCCAAGCUGGAUGAAAGAACAUGAGAAACAUCAAGACGAGCAAAAAGAACUACUUCCCCCGAACACCAACGAGAAGCCAAAACAGAAACCAAGGCGUAAACCGGGGCCAGAUGCUAGUCCAAACCAAGGCGGAAAUGCUGCAUCAUCAGAGGAAUCAAUGAAGCAGUCAAGACAUAACCGAAGCAAACAAGGGUCAAUGGACUCAUCUAAUGAUCAAGAUCCUUCAGUACGUAGAAGGUGUAGUGGUGGUAACUCGGUUAAAGAUAGGGAAGCUUCUACUAAUCAUAUUCUGUUGGGAUUUGGGAUUGUGAAAUCCCGUGUCCAACUCUAUAUUGUCCGAUUAAUACGAUAUUGUCUACUUUGGGCCUAA